AUGACGGAACCAACAACAACGAAAAAGAGGGGUAGACCUGGACGGCCACGGAAGAAUAAUAGCAGUAAUACAGUUUCCAACUCAAAUUUUAUGGUCGCUCAUGAAGAACAGAUUAGUUUUACGCAUAACAGUCGAGAUCAGCAAGAACAUCAAGUAACUGAUGUUACCAGUAAUAGUGAACAAAUUUAUCACAUUAAUCGUUUCGAGCCGCUAAAUAUUAUUGAAACAAGUACAGUAACAAACGGCAAAAACCGCAGUGAUGAUAUUCUUAGCGAUAACAUUAUACAGGAAGCUACUGAAAGCAGCAAUAGUAGCCUGACACCACAGCAGCAGCACGGACAGAUGAACUCCGAUGAAGCUUCUUUUGCUCUAGAACAACAUAUCAAAUUUGAUACAGAUACCACCAACACGAUGAUACCCACAGCAAAGCUCAGAUUACCCAAGGUACACUACGAAAUAAUCAAAAAUGAAGAUGCAACGCGUUCGUUAUUACUAAAAGAUGAUACCGAGAGAGAUGGAAAUGAAGCAGUUCAUUUACAACAGCAACAGGCGCAAGAAGAACAGUUAUUAGCAACUAUGCAACUGCAACAGCAGCAGCAACAACAAAAUGAUUAUGACUUCUACAAUUACUUAUACAGAAAGAAGAAAACAAACGAAUUAUUGUUCGAGAAACCGAAGCGACAUUAUAUUCAUCACCGACCGCCAUCGGACACGGAAUUAUACAACUUGAUAGAAUAUGAUAUGGAUGAACAAGAUUUUUACUGGCUACAGACGUACAAUAAAGAAGUAAGAAGAAAAGAGAAGCUGGGGGAUCUCUCACCUUUAUUGUUUGAGGCUAUUAUGGACAAGUUGGAGAAAGAAUGGUUCAAUCUUAUCAAAGAUAUACCGUCUCGGCUUGUGGCAUAUAACCAAUGUCAUCAUCUCACGAAUUCAAUGCGGUAUCAAGACUCUUCUCUACAGCAUAGCCAUCAGAAAAAUCAGACAGCUGAUGAUGAUAAAGGAUCCAUGUCCAGUGAAGAGGAUUCUGCUUGCGCCGUAUGUGAUGAUACCGAGGUUGAAAACAGUAAUGCUAUUGUUUUUUGCGAUGGAUGUAACGUUGCUGUUCAUCAAGACUGUUAUGGUAUCCCUUAUAUACCGGAAGGUCAAUGGCUAUGUAAGAAAUGCAGUGUGCUAUCACCUGAAGCAGAUGUUUCAUGUAUAUUUUGUCCGAAUAAGGGAGGAGCCUUCAAACAAACCACUUCAGGCGACUGGGGACAUGUAUUAUGCGCCAUAUGGAUACCGGAGGUCAACGUUCAAAACCCUAUCUAUAUGGAACCGAUUGAUGAUGUUGAUAAAAUUCCAAAAAGUCGUUGGAAGCUGACGUGCUCGAUUUGCCGUAUCAAACAAGGCGCUUGUAUUCAGUGCGAUAAUAGACAUUGCUUUACGGCAUUUCACGUGACAUGCGCAAAGUCAGCCAAGUUAUGUAUGAGAAUUCAUACACAUGCAAACCAAACAGAAGGUGUGCUACUAAAAGCAUACUGUGAAAAACACACACCGAAGGAUUAUCUAUUAUCAAACCGAGAGGAUGGAGAUCAAGAAGCGGGAUGUGAGGAUCAAAUACUACAUGAGACAGAAGACGAGAUCGUCGAAAAGACGGGAUAUUCUGGCUUGCAAGAUAAUAAUCAACAGCGAAUGAUUCAUAAACCAACUACUACUUAUGCUUUUGGAAGAAGAAAUGGAACUGGGAGAGGGAGUAACCAAAAAGUUACUGCGUACGAUCGUAGUAACAACAGGAAGCAAUUGGAACAGCAGACCUCUAUUGAGAGAGAUACAACAGAGAUUACUCAUAAUAAGCUGAUACGUGCGUUUCAACAGCAUUAUUCAAGGGGCGUACCUGUUGCUCCAGAUUUUAUCUUGGACAAGAUUAAUAAUUUAGAAUGUGUACGAAGUUCAGGUAUAAGAAGAAGACCUCAGGUAGUAACCGAUAUCGCGCACUAUUGGUCUUUGAAAAGGGAAACAAGAAAAGGCGCACCAUUGCUGAAGCGACUACAAGUAGAGCCAUGGAGUACAGUUCCACGAUUUACGCCAGAAGACAUUUUGAUCCGCCAUUCGCUUCUUACACAGUUACGAGAUGAUCUCGAUGAUGUCAGAUAUUUGGCUGAACAAGUGCAAUAUAGAGAGCAACUCAAACUUGAGAGAACUCAGCAUCAACAGACCUAUCUGACUAUGAUAUUGGACCCCCUUUACUAUGUCAUACAGCCCAUCUUGACGAAAUUCAAAAACCUUGAUCAAAAAAAGAAAGCCUUUUGGUACCCGGUCACAGAGAAAGAAGCACCUGAUUAUCAUACUGUGAUUCAGCAACCUAUGUCAUUCUACGAUAUUGAGGAAAAGGUCGAGAAUCAUCUUUACACAUGUUUAGAUGAAUUUAAGAAAGAUAUGUCACUCAUUUGGGAAAAUUGUAUGAAAUACAAUUCGAAGAAUUCAAGCUAUCAUAAGUUGGCUAUGAAAUUAAAAAGCGCCUCCGUAAAACUAUUUCAAACAGCAGAUGAGAAGUUGCAAUAUGUUGAUAUAAUCAAUGGAGAAGAAAAUAAAAUUUGGAAUGAAGCAAUAGAUCAAAGCGUGUUUGAUUACCAAUUCCUGAAGGAGAAAAAGGAUAGACGGCCCGAAGAGAAGAAAGAAGCAAUAAAAAUGCGGAAAAUAGAGAAAGCCGAGGAGCAUCGCCGUCACGUCCAAGCAAGAACAGAGGGACGGAAGAGGGCUAAGUUAUUGCGGCAGCAACAACGGCAGCAACAAUUGGAAACUAACCACUCUAAGCAGCAAUAUGAUGGCCUUAAGGAUACAUCCAGUAACCUUACAGGAGAACUCGCAUCUAUUACAACUGCAGGAUACCCUUCAUCAAAAAUACAACCGCGAAAGCUUAGAUCUCGACAAACCAAACUGUUUGAAUAUAUUCAAAGUGCGAAACCCAACGACACACAAAAUCAAGCAUCUUCGGUUCACCAUUCUCCUCCAAUGCAUCAAGAAGUUCAGAAUUUAGAAGUACAACAAUCUCCACCGACGAGAGCUAUUAAUGCUACUUCCAAACAAAACGAACAAAAUACCAACACUACUAUCACUAUUACGAAUAACGCUCGAUGUACAACUGAUACAGGAGCACAUAAACAUUCAUCAUUUCAGCCUCCAUCUCCAACGGUAUUGAUACAACAGCCAAUAGGCAAUGUACUCGAAGCACCCGAAAGUGAAUCUUUAAAGUCAGCUUCACAUCAACAACAUAUGGAAAACAAAAUGGAUAUUCCACAUGCGGUAUCGCACAGCCCUAUCUUAGGAAACCUUCGAGUGACUCCUUCCGAGAUGAAUACCCUUAAUGCGCAAGUAGAAACGAGACAAGUACAGCAGCCGCUUGAGAAUUUAUCCUCAUCUAUCGAGCAUAUGCCGUCUCCUUCAGCAGAUCAUACGCACAAAAGUCAAGAAGGAGAGACACCAACACACAUGACAUUACCGAAGGCAUUACCUUCUCCAGCAUUCAUAUCAACAAACAAUUUAGAGGAGCAAUCGUCGCUGCGAGAUAUCCCAGCUCUCGACAUUCCGAAUGCUAUUGUACCAAGUACUACGUUUCCAAUUUUUGAUGCCUCAAAGAAUACUUCUGCUUCUGCUGGCCCAGCAACGAUGGUUACGAAUAACGGAUAUGCUAAAGCUGAAAGCAGCAGUGGUGGUCGGAAACGGCAACGCAGCGAAGAUGACUCUCAUACAACAUCUUCAUCAAACCCUUCCUCGACAAUAUCAUCGCCUGCUAACAAUACUACAAUAUUAUUUUCAUCAUCACAACACACUAACAGCACUUUUAAGGGCAAAAAAUCUAUACGCCGUGUCACGCGUAGUAUAGGCCUGCAAGCGAGUAUCGAAGAAUUGCGAAAACGAGCGAAAAUAUCACAUGAAGCUCAAGCAUUAGUUGCCUCUUACAAUGGUGUUUCUAACAUUGAAGAGUCCAUUGAGAAGAGUAAAAAAACAUACAAAGAAAACCGCAAAAUACACGCUCCUUUAGGUUGGGUCUACCUGAAAAGCGAAGAUGAGGAUGAAGAUGAAGAUAAUAGUGAAAUGGAUAUAAGUGCUAAAAAUCGCAAUAACACAGAUAUGAAUAUAGGAAGUUUAAGUAAAAGAAAUAACAAAAGAAUGGCAGAAGAAACGGAAGGCGACAGAGGCCAUAACGAAUAUAUAGAUGUUGAUAGAGUAUCUGAUGAUGAGCAAGAUAUUGCAGAGGAUGAUCAAACGAAAUUAGCGAAGCAGCAACAGAAAAAGCGAACUCGCGGGGGCAGAAAUGAGAUACCUAUACCGAACUUCAAACGAGGAGAGAUUAUUUGGGCCAAAGUGAAUGGCUUUCCUUCUCAUCCUGCGAAGUUUCUCAAUUACACGGACGAAGAAGCUGGUGAUAAAUUAGUUGCUAAUCGACGAUUUAACGGUGAUAUUCUUGUUGAAUUUUUAGAAGUUCCGGAGUCGCAUCGAUUUGGUUGGGUGGGUCGACGAACCAUCUGUGAAUUGGGGGAGAAUCCAGAGAUUGACAAGAAGAAAUUAGCAGAAGCUCUUCAGACGAAAAAUCCAAAGAGAAUUCAAGAGGCAAAGAAUGGCUAUCGAUGUGCAGGGCAAAUUUUAGGCUUAACAGAUACAGAAUCUAUUUUAGAGGCUAUUUUCAAUAACAAGCAGAAAUUAAAGAAGAAAAAGCAAAAACGUGUUUGA